UCUGGCACAAUUCCAUCGUCCAAUUAUCCCUUCAUUUCCCGAGCAGAUCCUUCCACACCACAUUAUAGACAGCAUGGCCAAGCUCGUCGUCGCUGAUGCCGUUGAGCGUACGCCGCCGGUGGAAGCCGACGCUGCCGGGGGUGCUGUCCACGUGACCAGGGCGGCGCCUCUCACGAAACGUCAAAAACGCAAACAACCGAAUGACAAGCACGCGUGGCCCCAGCAGCCCAAGAUUUCGUCCCCCGCCGCUCGUGCCAACGCAUACUUGCGCGUCGCCGGACUCAACCAAAAGGAAACCCCGAAGGACGCCUUGGAUCCCGACCUUGAUUUGCAUUCUCCCCAGGUUAAGUUUGGGCGAUUGCUAGGCAGUACCGAUCAACGGGUACGUCACCGGGCUAUUCUGCAAUUGGAGCAAUACCUCAAGGCUCGGUGCGAUAUUAACAACGAAACGGGCGGAAUUUCGGAGCUUGAUCUACUAAAAUUGUGGAAGGGAAUGUGGUACACUCUGUAUAUGGCUGAUAAGGCACCAGUACAGGAGGAACUCGGCAAAAAGAUCGCCCGUCUGAUCUGGUGCUUGGCGGGCACCGAAGAGGAGGACGAAUAUGCUGGGCAGGCUUAUCUGGAAACGGUUGGUGAUGAUGGACCCAUUGGCUUUGAAAAUGACGAGGAAUCCGAUGACGAGGAGGUCACCAUGGAGGAGAUUGAGAAUACCUUGGAAAUGAAUGGUAGCGAGGACGAGGAGUCGGACGAUACAUUAGAGACAAAAGACACUACGAACCAUCACAUGCAUGAACUAGACUCUAAUCACGAGGACGAUGGUGAUAUCGAGGAUCUGGAAGAUUCCGAAAUUCCCCAUUGUCGCGGAGCACAUUUGGCCACUCUCUUUGUGAAAACAUUCUUUCACACUGUUCGUCGCGAAUGGGGCAAAAUGGACAAGUACCGGGUUGACAAAUUUUAUACACUCAUGCGCUUAAUGAUGCACGAAGUGUACGAAUACAUGGCCGUCCGUCAUUGGAAUGUGGGCAUUAUUCGACUUUUCAAUGACGCCAUUUACGAAGAAGUUUUGACACAAACACCCAAUGGGUUGCGCCUUCAUUUGAUUGACCUAGUUUUGGAUGAGGUAGUAGCUGUCAACGCCAAAGCUCCGAUGCCUCUAACGGAGGCGACUUUCUUGGAUUGUUUAGAGCCAUUCUUUGCCAUGGCGCAGACGGGAGCAGGCGAAGAUUUGAUUCAGCAACGUGUACUAGAAAACAUUUUUGUCAGGUUCCUGAACAAAUACAGUGUGGUGAACGAGCACGCACUGGAUGAAGGCACCAAAUCAGACUCCUUCAUCCUCGAGCAGGUACAUGUUGCAACUGUAGCUCAAUAUAUCUUUGAGCUGGCUAGUGACGGGGCAACAAAAGAUCGCUUUCGCAAGUCAAUGUACAGUCUGCACAAGCAGUACAUCCGAAGACUGAAAACCGUUGGAAAAGAUGUUGUGCUGCAGGACGAAGAAAGCGAAGAAGAAAAAGAGGAGCACAACAUCACCGUCGCAUCUAUUCAACCGAUGGAAGAAAAUUCGGGUGCACUAAAGGAAACCGAGAAAGCAAGUGAAAACGACGAGGUCGGAUCGGCCUCCAACAAAAUUAUCGAGUCGAAGACAUUGGAUAAAAAGAAACGUAAACGAAAGAAGAAUAAGAAAAGCUCGACUGGAUCUGAUGCUGUAGAACAGGACAGCACUACUCCAAAAGAAGAAGAGGUUACUAUAUCUGUAGAGGAGCAAAAAGCUGCGAAGGAUGCCAUGAUUCCAAAUGAGAGGAAAGUUGACGAUAUCAACCCAAAAGCAUCAUUGCAGAAAAGGCGCAAAACCGCGACCAAGCGAGAAUCUGAGCAAAAUGAUCGUAAGCGCGUAAAGUUUGGCUCGAAGAACCAAGCUAUAUCCUGGAAGGAAUCGAUGAAAAAUUUGAGAACGAGAGAUCCACCUGAGCCAAGAACAGCAACCCCUGAAAAGGGUAUUCUUCUAAACAAAAAUGCAAAAUCGGCAAUAAUUCAAGGGUCCAAAGGGAAGAAGCGACGAAAUAAGGCAGUAGAUUUCUUUUGAGUAUCAUUGAUAGUAAGCA